AGCGCAGUCAAGAAGUAAAUGCGGCAAUAGAACACAGAUGUUGUUGUCUUCUUCAUCGGCAAUAAUUCGAAGGAUAUCACUGUCCUGGCUGAUUAUGGCCAACAAUUCUAAUUUCAAAUCCAACCGCCUCGCUUGUUCUGAGAGGUCCACGAAAAGAGCUAGAACAAUGAGCACACAGUCUUUCAUCAAGGACGCUUUUUCUAACUACGCUGAUUACCUUAAUGCCCUUAAUGAAAAACGGGAAAGGAUAGUUAAAGCUAGUCGUGAUGUAACUAUGAAUAGUAAAAAGGUCAUAUUUCAGGUGCACAGAAUAAGUAAAAACAAUAAAGAGGAAGUUUUGGAAAAGGCAGAAAAGGAUUUAGCUGCAGUGAGAGAUCUGCAUAUCUCUCGACUGGUGAAAGAGUUGCAAGGGACUGAUUUUUGGAAGCUACGGCGAGCAUACUCUCCGGGGGUACAAGAGUAUGUUGAAGCUGCAACAUUCUUCAAAUUCUGCCGAGCUGGAACUCUCUUGAAUCUUGAUGAGAUAAAUGCUAGUUUAUUACCACUUAGUGAUCCAUCUUUUGAGCCAUUGCAAAUUAACCUCCUUGACUAUCUCUUGGGGCUUGCAGAUUUGACAGGAGAGCUGAUGCGAUUAGCGAUUGGUCGAAUAUCAGAUGGCGAAGUAGAAUAUUCUGCGAGAAUAUGCCAAUUUGUACGUGAUAUCUAUAGGGAAUUGACUCUUGUUGUCCCACUUAUGGAUGAUAGUUAUGACAUGAAGACAAAGAUGGAUACAAUGCUCCAAAGUGUAGUGAAAAUAGAGAAUGCGUGCUUUAGUGUUCGUGUUAGAGGAUCAGAGUACAUUCCGCUUUUAGGGUCCAGUGAUCCAAAUUCUUUCUUAGUGGGAGUGUCUGAUGCAGAAUUAUGAAAUUCUUGGCUGGAUGAGUUGUUUCCUUCUCGAGAUACAAAGGUUUUGGUGUACGUCACGUAAUGUUUGCCGAGAUAGUUUUACGAACCGAAAGUUCCUUUAAGGCUUACACUUUGCUGGCUUUGUUUCUGGUGCACUUUGUUAAAGCUUGAUGUAGUUACCUUGCAUACUCUCUGCAAAUGGUUAUAACAGGGGAAAGAAUCAAGGUACUGUAUUUGGAAGCUUUCAUAUGACAAUUCUCUCUCUUGCCCAUAUUAGUUGAUGGGGAGUUAACAAUGGAACAUAGAAUUAGAAAUCUUUUAAAGGUGUCCUGAGUCUGACUCAUGAACUCAUUUAGAUGGGCGCAGUUUGACACUUGGAUCCAGUUUGCAUGGGUUGAGCAUGUUUUAAACAUAUUAGCAUCCUAUUUAAUGAUUGAUCCUGUUUAU